UGGCUGCAGCUACAGUUAUCAAAGCUAUCAAUGAAUCUAUUGAUCUGAUUAUUAAUCAGUCGAAUUAGAGUCUUGGUGGAUUCUGCAGAUUCUUUUAUUUUUGAUUAUUUAAUGUUAAAAACAUCGAGGAGUUUUGAACAGAUUUACAGAAAAGAUUUUAUUAUCUUAAAAACGUAGAUUUGUUUUGUUCAGGUUUGGUUUCAUUCCUGCUCUGUUCUUUCAGCCACUCUAUAACUAAUAAUCGAUUACUAAAUUAGGUAACUAUUUUCCAGUAAUCGAUUCCUCAUGAUUCAUCGUUUGGACUUUUAAAGAUUUAGUUCAGAUGUUAACUGGGUGAAAAGAUGUUUCACCUUAUUGAUCAGUGAUUAUAUGUUUUAUCAAAUCUAAUCUGCAGCAGAACCCCUGAAACCCGACAGUCUGAGGCAGAUUAUGCUGAGCAGAAUGAAUAAUCUGUGGGAUUAUUAUGGAGGGGAACAGUUUGGGUUUCAGGAUGGUCCUGUGAGUCGGUCAUACUGAAGCAUCACAUCAGGUGAUCAUGAAUGUGGAAGUUGUUGGAAUAUAAUUUACCGAUCUGGUGAAACGCUGCAGAAGCUGCUUCCUGCUUCACUUUCACUUCUUUUCCUUAGUUUCUCGUUUCAAACAGAAACGGAUCCAGAGCUCCAGGAUCUGGUUUGUUUCUUCUUGUCGUUACAGUGACAGAAGAGUCGGACCGGCCGCCGUCCAGCCUGAAGAAACGAGACUUUUCUCAUUCAGACAAACUACCAGACUCUGAUCAACUACUGCAGUUACCUACAGCAUGUUCCUAGAAUAAUGUAUUCAGAUUAAAUUGUAUUCUGGAACUUGGUUCAGCUUAACUAAUUAAGUUUCAUUAAUUAAUGUUGCGGUGGACAUUUGCGACUCUGGAAAUGAUCUUUGUGUGGCUGCUAGUGCAGUUCAGGAACAGAACAGAUUAGAGAUGCACCAAUAUGAAAAUGUGAGCCGAUAUUGAACCGAUAUUUACCGAUAUGAUGUUUAUUACUCAUAUUAUAUUAUAUAUCAUCAGAUAUCAAAUGAAUUAUACUGAACUACAGGACCGAACUAAAAAAGAUGGAAAUCCUAUUUAGAUUGAAAAAUGAAUUCAUAGAAAACUGUUAAUAGAAAACAUUCAACUGUAAACAUCUAGAAACUCUGGAUCUGUGAUUCAGGCAGAAAUUAGAUUUUCUACUUUGAUUCAUUAAAAUAUGUUUUAAUUAGUAAAUUUGGCUGACUGGUCUGACUGGUGUGUUUCCAGUAGCUCUGACUGGUCUGACUGGUGUGUUUCCAGUAGCUCUGACUGGUCUGACCGGUGUGUGCAGGAGCGCUGCUGGACAUGCUGCAGCGGACCGGGAUGAAGGGCUACACGGCGUUCCUGGAGAGCCUGGAGCUGGACUACCCGCAGCUGUACAGCCGGAUCACGGGGAAGGAGCCCAACAAGACCUUCAGCAUCCUGAUCGACACGGCGGGAGAAUCGGGCCUGACCCAGUUCCUGAUGUCGGAGCUGAGCCGCCUGCAGAGGGUGCUGCAGGACGAGCGGAGGCGGCGCCAGGAGGCCUGCUCCGUGGCCCAGGAACAGGAGGCGUGGUCCCGGCAGCAGAAGCUGAAGGAGCGGGAGCUGAAGAAGCUGACUGAGCGCGUGCAGAAGCUGCGUGAGGAGCGCGAGCAGCUGACCGAGGAGCUGAAGAGGCUCCGCCUCCACAACUACAACCUGAUGGCCGACGUCACCAGCCUGACGAAGGACAAGAGCAACGCCCUGCUGGCCAACAGGGACCUGCAGAUAGAGGUGGAGCGUCUGAAGCACACGGUGCUGCGGGCGGAGAGCGAGACACGGCUGCUGAAACGGAGGACCGUGAGGCCGCUGCAGCAGAGCAGAAUCCUGACUCCGCCCUCUGACGCCUUUCUUCAACUCAACGACCAGGAGGAGCAGCAGGAGGCGCAGCAGGAGGCGCAGCAGGAGGCGCAGCAGGAGGCGCCGCCUCAGGGGAAGCAGCAGGAGGAGCUGCAGGAGGAGAAGAAGCCGGACAGGAGGGAGGAGCUGAAGGAGGGCCAGCGGAUCGGCCGCGCGUCUCCACAGAUGAACCUCCUGACCACCGUGUUCAGGCUGAGGAGGGAACUGCACAAGGUCGAGGAGCAGAGGGCAAAGAGCGUGGAGGAGAAGGAGGAGCUGAGCCUCCGCUGCGCUCAGCUGAAAGGAGACACCAAGAUGUACCGGCAGCAGACCAAGCAGACGGUCCGGCAGCUGGAGGAGGUGAUCCGAGAGCGGGACAAGGCUCUGGUGGCGCAGGCGCAGCAGCAGGAGGAGGCGCGGCUCCACCUGCAGGAGAAGGACCGGUACAGGGAGCGCGUCCGGCAGCUGGCCGAGAAAACGGACAAGCUGGAGCUGCUGCUGCUGAGGUCACAGGGGGAGGAGCUCCAGCUGAGGACACGCCUCCGCAAGAUGACCUUCAACUCCCAGCAGUUUGAGAGGAACGUGAGCAGCGAGGAAGACGAGAGCGCCGCUAAAGGCAGCAGUGAGGAGGUUCCCAGCGGGACGUCGGGGGAGAACGAGGAGCCGGCCGCUCCGCCGCAGGAACCCGGCUCCCCAGCAGGGGGCCCCAGAGAGUCGGAGCGCAGGCCCAACAAUGUUGCAUCAUGGGACGAGCAGCAGGACGGCAGUUUCUUCACGUUGAGUCGACCCAACUUCAGGAAGCGAGCCCUGAGGUCAAAGUUCCCCAGCGGAGAGUCGGUGGCCUGUAACGUGGGGGACAGCACCGGCAGCGAGUCGGACUGAGGACGGUCCGCUGGUUCUGACCCAGCAGCAGACUCAGUUCUGAUGAGGGUCCGGUUCGGUUCUGACGACGAUUCACCAAAAUAAACUUCUGUUGUGCCGCUUCUUUUA